AUGUUUGACGGUGAAGCCAAACAUAAGAAACGAACAAGCCGAGGAAAAAAUGCUUUUUUUCUUUCUUUCUUUCUUUCUUUCUCAUCACUAUUUCUUUUUUUAAUUGGAUUUUCUUUCUUUCUUGUCACCUUUUCCUUUUACACCGUCUUUUUCUUUUUUUUCUUUCUUUCUUUCUUUCUCAUCACUGUUUUUCCAUUUAAUUGUAUUUUGUUUCUUUCCGCUCACCUUUUCUUCCUUUUACACCGUUCUCUAUCUAUCUAUCUAUCUAUCUAUCUAUCUAUCUAUCUAUUAUAUUUUCUUUCUUUCUUUCCCGUUACCCUUUCUUUCUUCUACACCGCCUUCUUUUUUCUUUAUUUCUUUCUUUCUUUCUUUCUUUCUUUCUCAUCACUUUUUUGCCUUGUACUUCGUCUUUUCUUGAUUUCUUUGCCAUCUCUCUUUUUUUCUUUUACAUCGCAUUUCUUUCUUUCUCUCUCAUCGCUUUCUCUUCCUUUUGCAUCAUCUUUUCUUUCUCUCUUUCUCUCAGUCGCUCUCUCUCUCUCUCUCUCUCUCUUUAAUCGUCUUUUUUCUCUCUUUUUCAUCAUAUUUUCUUUCUUUUACAUCGUUCUUUUUCUCUUUUUUUCUUCCUGCCUUUUGUUUAUAUCGUUCUUUCUCUUCACGUUUUUUUUUAUAAUUUUUACACCAUUCUUUCUUUCUUUCUUUCUCUCUUUCUUUCUUUCCGUAAUUGUCUAUCUACAUCGCACAUUAUCCCCUUCUAACUCUUUCUUUCUUUCUUUCUUUCUUUCUUUCUUUCUCCUAACCAUUUUUUAUCUUUUUUCAUCUUCCUUCCUUUCUUUUUUUCUUCGUAACUGUAAGAAAAAUCAGUAUUUUCUUCACGUUUUUUCAGUCUUCUUUUAUAUUUUUUUUUAUUUUCAUUCCCGCAAGCAACUCCACGAGUCGGCCAUGUUGGAUUUCCUUGCUCAUUUAGAGUAA